UGUGCUGUUCUCUUAUUCAUUUGCCGAAGUCGCCUCUCUUUACCGAAGGAGGAUCGCACUUUAAUUAUACGACGCCUGGAGUUGGACGGAUUAUAGCGGCGCGCCGCCGAGUCGCCAGUUACAGGACACGGUUGACUCGGUCACGUGACCCAGCCUGGAGUCCGGAGGCUGCGAUGCGCGCGAGAACCACGAAGGAACAACAGAGCGCGUGUUGGCCCGUCACAGGUCACAAUCCGGACCGCGCAAACGGCACUUCAAGGGCCGAUCGGCAGGUGACACCAACGAGAUACGACAUCGUCGGCGCCAGUCCCCUCCUGGCCGUUAACAACAUUGAAAUCGCAGCAAAGUGGGCGGCGCGGAAGAAACGGAGCCCGAGAAAUGGCAUCAAGAAGAUGGCUGCUUACAGUACUUUAUACCUUAAAUGUACUUUGUGAAGGACACUUUAAUGAAGACCCUGAAGUAAAGUGUGAUGCCGUUAUUGAUCAAAGUUCAGACCGUCAGCUGCACAGAUCUAGCGUUGAAGUUACUCAACCUGUUGAUCUCCAAACGGCAAAGCAUAUGCAAAAUCACAACUUAGAAAUUCUGUUUAAACGUUAUGGUGAGAAUGGCACUAUAUCCAUAACUGGACUCAGAAAGCUGCUUAAAAGCAUUGGAAUAGACAAUGAAAGAAAAGUGCACCAUAAGCAUGAGCAUGGAAAAAAUAAUGACCAUCAUCAUUCAGGUGCCUCUAAACAUGAGCAGCACCAUUUGCACCACCACCAUUCUCACCAGCACCAGCAUGACAUCCCAGCCAGCAAAAAAGGUGCAGACAUUCCAAAAGGUGCAAAGGGUAAUACUGUAACAAAUAAAAAAUCAGAACAUUCCAACCGAGAUCACAACACGUACAACAAGAAAGUCUUUCAUGAAAUCAGCACUACACCAGCGUAUACCUCCAACAUUCUGCUAAAAACAAGUGAGAUUCGCAACCCAAGAAGUAUCAAUGAUGUUCCAGCCUUAGAAGAGAAUCAGCAGGCGACCACUGCAAGGACAGGACUGUCUGGUCCUCCAAUCCAGCCGACAACUGAGCAGCCCCUUGUCAGUAACUUCUUUGUUUCUUCUGAUCACAACUUACCUCCUCAAAUACCUAAAGAUCACUCCGGGUCUGAAGACACAGAUGAUCACAGUCAUGACCACCAUGAUCAUGAGUGUCUAAAUGCAUCCAGAAUAUUGUCCUCUCAUGGCAUGAAUAUGGAGAUGAUUCUUACAUAUACAGAUUUCACCUACCUUUGUCCAGCUCUUCUGAAUCAGAUUGACUUUAAAUCCUGCAUUGUACAUGCAUCUGACCUAAGCAAAUCAAAUGACUCCCACCAUGUCCAUAAGGAAGAAGACCACGAAACUGAACUCAGAAGCUCAGACCCAUCUCAGAAAUCCAAUUCCAUUAAGUCUGCUUGGAUAGGUGGCUUUUUAUCCAUCACCAUCAUCAGCAUGCUGUCUCUACUUGGAGUGAUUCUGAUACCCCUGAUGAAUAGGGUGUUUUUCAAAUUUCUUCUCAGUUUCUUGGUUGCACUGGCUGUUGGGACACUGAGCGGAGACGCUUUGCUACACCUUAUUCCUCAUUCCCAAGGAAACCAUUAUCACAACCAUGGUGUCCACGAAGUGCACGAACCUGACCAUGACCAUGACCAUGACCAUGCAGAAGGUGCAGAGGAAGGCCACAACUUGGAUUCUGUGUGGAAAGGCUUGACUGCCCUAGGAGGAGUCUAUUUCAUGUUCCUAAUAGAACAUUUUAUUACCUUAGGGAAGAUGUACAAAGAGAAGAAGCAAAAGAAUCACAAGAAAUGGGAUGCUGGUGAAGAGGAAGCCAAAGAGAACAGACAGAAAGAUAAAGAAGACCUUAACAUUAAAACAUCUGAGGAUGCAGAGAAUAAUUUUGAAAACGACUUCAUUAACCAGGCUCAGUUCGCUGCUCAACAUUCUUCGGGGACACCUGAAGAAGAGGAGGUUAUGCUGGCUCCGACACUCACCCAGGAUGGCUACAAUGAGUACACCGCCCAGGACUGUGAAAACAAGUGCCACUCUCAUUUCCAUGACACAAUUGGUCAGGCUGAUGACCUCCAUCAUCAUCACCAUGACUAUCACCAUAUUCUGCACCACCAUCAUUCGCAGAACCACCACCCUCAUAGCCACAGUCACCACUAUUCUCGGGAGCAGUUUAAAGGUGCCGGCAUCGCCACCUUGGCCUGGAUGAUCAUCAUGGGAGAUGGCCUGCACAAUUUCAGUGACGGACUAGCCAUAGGUGCUGCAUUUUCAGAAGGGAUCUCGAGUGGAUUGAGCACGUCAGUUGCCGUUUUUUGUCAUGAACUGCCUCACGAGUUAGGUGAUUUUGCUGUGCUGCUCAAAGCUGGCAUGACUGUGAGGCAAGCUAUCUUAUACAACUUGUUGUCAGCAAUGAUGGGCUAUCUUGGCAUGAUAACUGGAAUAUUAAUCGGUCAUUAUGCUGAAAAUAUAUCAAUGUGGGUAUUUGCUCUGACUGCCGGCUUGUUCAUGUAUGUGGCUCUUGUUGACAUGGUCCCAGAGAUGCUCCAUAAUGACGCCGGCGAUCACGGCUUCAGCCACUGCGGUUACUUCCUGUUGCAGAAUGCCGGAAUUCUGCUGGGGUUCGGGAUCAUGCUCGUCAUUGCCGUAUUUGAAGACAAAAUAUUGUUGGAUGUUGAACUAUAACAGUGCAAACUUGAGUAUUAAAUCAGAGCCACUGGUACCCAGUCUAAGUGAUUCACUAACACAUAUUUAUUUCUACUUUUAACUAGUCGAAGAGGGAUAUUUUUGUGAAGCCUGUUUGUUUUGUUACGUUCCUUGUGUUGAGGCUCUUAUUAUGUAGAGUAGCUCUUCGUACAUUAAAUGGUAGAUGUGCUCAUUUAUCCUUAAAGAAGAGAACACAGAAGAAAAGACGGCAGAUCAUUUUAUUUAUCAGUCCUGAUUUUUCUUUAGUCUGACCUGCUUGUGAAGACUGUUAACAUUACACGAGAAAGACUCCCUGACCUCAUUACUGAUAAGCACUUAUGUUUAAAAAGAGUACAUGUCUUUUUUUUACAGUGUUGUGCAAAAGACUAAGGAAAAUAACCGAUGGGUAUAUUUAUUGUGCUUUGUUUUUUAAAGCCAUUCAUUUUUGUUACAUGGUAAGGUGAGCGUCGCUCCAUUACCAGGUGCCAGUAACUGUUAUUCUGUCUUUUCCCCGUAAUAAAUACUGUGCUUAUUGUCAAAAACA